AUGUUCUCAAACAAGCCUUCAUCCUUUGUUUCGGAAAAUACAAAAUGCCCAAAGUUGGAGGAAACGUACAAGGCUUGUUUUAAUGAUUGGUAUACGAACGUCUUUUUGAAAGGAAAGGGACUUGAGAAUGGAUGUAGAAAUGAAUGGGAGGAUGUUAAAGCAUGUAUGAUGAUUUUGAUUAAUGAAAAAUCACUUGAAAUUUCUAUUGAAAAAGGAGAAAAAGAAACGGAAUGGAAAAUUAAGAAUUUUGAUGAGUGA